AUGGAUCCGUUGGUUAACAGAAUGGAUAUGGGCAGUAGUGCACCACCUCACAGUUGCAAAAUUUCGAUGCUCUGGAACUGGUACACCAUCGACACAUGCUUUAUUGCAAGAAGUUGGCACGUAAAAUCCAAAGGGGGUUUUGCCGGUUCGUGUAUCGGAGUGUUCUUCUUAGUGAUGGUCUCCCAGUGGCUCCAUCGGUUUGCUAGGGAAUACGAUGUUGCCCUAAUCACGAAGUAUUCGCAACUGGACAAUGUAGCCAAGGAAGCAGACAGUGAAGCUUCUUAUUUGGCGAUUCCCCCUCAACCAGAGUUGUACACUGUGUCUCACCGUUGGUUAUGGAAGCCAUUGGUAGCUGACGGAGUCAGACCUUCUACUACCGAGCACCUCAUCAGAGGAGGGUUGUUUACGCUUGAGUGGGGAUUAUCGUAUAUGAUCAUGCUUUUGUUCAUGUACUACAAUGGGUACAUAAUUAUUUCAUGCAUUCUUGGUGCAUUCUUUGGGCGUCUUAUUUUCACGUACAAUGAACCCUUAAGUGGAAAUUGUUUGGCUGAUUCAAACGAUCUGGACAAGAAGUGUUGCCGCUAA